AUGGCGACAGAUGAUGAAAUCGGCAAUCUUACAGCAAGUAAUCUAGAAUCAGAAGAUCUAGAAUUAGCAAAAGAUUCCAGUGAUCCCCACGAUUACCUAAGCAGCGACGAGAUCAAUAAUGAAGACGGUUUAAUUGUAACAGACAAGGGAAAUCUGAAAUGGAAUGGAUCAUAUAUGGGCCUCAAAAAUUUCAUUAUGAUGCAACAAAUCUCGGCUGAACACUGGACUUCCUCUGGUGGGGACUGCAAGAAGUGUGAAGAUUCCGGGCUGAUAAUACGGUGGUAUUCAUCGAAAGGUUCACUAACAUUUGGGGGAGAAAAGAGCAAGGAAGUAAAAAAUAAACUAUUGCUAUUAGCACAAAACAAAGAAGAAGUGAGAACGAAGUCAAGCUGUGAUAAACAACAAGACAAUUUACAUACCGUACAGACAAAGCCUAAUGGCCCCUUGGGCGCAGUGUUCACUCAAGCAGCCAUUCAACAAAGAGACCAUCCACAAAACGAAUUCAUAAUCAAAGUGGAAAAGUUUAUUGAAACAACAAACCUGAAAAUCAGUAAUCUUGUCUCUGAAGUCAGCGAACUUAAAAUGAACAAAAGUAACAGUACUUUAACAAAUAACGACGCGAGUGUUGCCAACAAUGAUUUGGUCAACCUGUUAUCGAAUGAAAACCAAGACCUAAAGAAUGAAAUCAAGUUACUUCGAGAGAAAAACAUCAAUAUCACACAUUCUGUGGCAGACCUAAACUCCAAGAUUGAAGAAUUAGAAAGCGAGAAACAAAGCCUCAAAACUGCGCUGAAGAUCUUAUACGCCGACUUGGAAACUGCGGAAGGAAAUAUGCAAUCACUAACUGACAAACAUGAAGCCCAUGGCCAACAGCAUCCAUGGAUUACAGUACCUGGCAAGUCGAAAGGUCACCCAAUAAACCUUGAGUUAAACAACAACAACAAAUACUCGGCCCUGCACGUCGAGGAUGACACAGAAAUUGUCAUUGAUAGUGACGAAACUAAAGCGUCAGUAAAUUCUGCUGGGAGUAGAAAUAAAUACUUUCCACAUCACACACCAAAAACAAAGACGACCAGAAAACUACAAGACCCGAAACCAAGCAGUACAACAUCAGCUCAACAGCGAAAGAUUGCUAUCCUGGGAGAUUCAAUGAUUAAAGGUAUAAACUCAAGAAAACUUCAACAUGGCCUUAAACAAAAAGUCAUUGUAAAAACAUUCCCGGGUGCGCAUGUAGAAGAUAUGACUCAUUACGUGAAGCCAACUCUAGCCUCGAAUCCAGCUGAAGUCAUUGUACAUAUCGGUACAAAUGACUUGAAAAACAAGUCACCCAGUACCCUACUUAAAACGGUAGACAAUCUUGGAGAAAUGAUUACGGAGAGUAAAGAUGUUAAACUGACAUUAUCAGAGAUUAUAACCAGAUGUGACGAUGAAACUCUAGCGGACAAGGUAAAUAUUUAUAAUGAACUUCUAGCUAACCUUUGUACUGAGCGAAAUUGGGGGUUAAUUAAGAACUCUAAUAUAAAGAAAGAUCAUUUAAAUAACUAUGGACUCCACUUAAACCCAAGAGGUUCGACGGUCCUAGCUAAGAACUUAAACUGUAUGUAA